AUGCAACAGGAAACCAGUCGCAUACAGUAUAUGUCAGGUAAUAAAUAUUCUAAAGAAUCAAGUCGAAAAGCACAAGGACUGGUUGCUAAAUUGGUGCCACCAUUGAAUUUCUCGUUAGUGGAGAAUGGAAUCUAUCGCUCAGGUUUCCCAAUGCCUAUAAACUACCCAUUUUUAAAGCAAUUGAGACUAAAAACGAUAAUAUAUUUGGGUGAUUUAGGUAAUCAAACUUCAAGCAAAAGCAAGAAGAAAGACAAACAUGGUACAGCAGAAAUAAUGAACAAUUAUCUAGAUUGGAUCAAGAAUGAUACCGAAAUCAGGUUCUACAACUUAUUAUUUGAAUCGUCACAAGAACCGUUCAAUAAACCAGAAGAUAUUCAACAGGCCACUCAAAGCUUGACUUUUGCAUUGCAGUUGAUCCUAAAUAAAGAGAACUAUCCCAUUUUGAUUCAUUCAAACAAAGGCAAACAUCGUACUGGUGUUUUGAUUGGAAUAAUGAGAAAAGUCUUACAAGGUUGGUGUCUAAGUGGAAUUUUUGAAGAAUACGAAAAGUUUGCCAUGGGUAAAUCGGAAUAUGAUUUGGAAUUAAUUGAACUAUGGCAACCAGAAUUGUACAUAGACGAUGCUAACAAGCCCGAUUUUGUUAGGAUAUAA